AUGCAGAAAGCUGCUGCCUUGAGCAUCCUUUGCCAUGCCCUCCUUGAUAAGAAGAUGGAAUUCUGUCGCGUACACACUGUGUUUGCGGCCAAACAACUCCUCCACGCCCAGGCGCUCGUCGACGAGUGCCAAGAGCGCCUCGUCGUGCUCGACGAACUUCUCUCAGACUUGUAUGACAACGAACACGAUGUCUCGGGAGAAAUCGGUGCCAUGCUUGACGAACAAGCUCAAGAAGAAGCGACCUACCAAACUCUCACAGCGGCCGUUAGCGCGCACAAAGCACUCCUCCAACGACUUGUCCACAAGAAAGUUAGAUUGAAGUAUUUUCACCGCAUGAUUGACAGCUCCAGCCUGACGUGGCUAUUGCAAGUCGCUGCGACGUUGCCACGGCCAGAGAAGCGGGCGUUGAAAGAGAUGCUCCUUCGCCAAGAUGCUCGAUUGAACUCGAUGCAAUGUGUCGACGAUGUCCAUCGCGUCGUAACAAUCGCCGCAGUGAGCCAUGCGUUCAAAGCAUGGUAUUCCCUGUUCGAUGCGCUGGCCAUGUCGACGGACGCGGCCUGCCAUCUCGAACAGAACAACCAGACCGCCGACCACGACGUACCGUUGUCAGCUUCGUUGACGUACGGCGAAGUGGACUUUUUUGGGAUCGCAUCCCUCCUAGCCAUACUUCGACCACGCCCUGGUCAGGUACAUUCACCGGCUCUUGCAGCGAUACGUACUUCCCUAUAAGUCAGACAUUUUGCGAUUUGGGGCAUGGCACCGGCCGUGCAAUCUUUGCAGCGGCGACGUUGUAUCCCGAGCUCCGCCUUAUGGGGAUCGAGUUGGUGCCAUCGCUGUACCACGCCUCACGUCGAGCCUUGGACAGCUAUGAAAUGCCGCAUCCGCAACACAUCCAACUCGUCCAUGGCGACUUGACAACGUUUGACUGGUGGUAUGCACAGCCCAGCCUUGCUGCGAUCCACUGAGGUGGUCGACGUGCCGCAGGAGUUGCAGCGACAUUGUGUUUGUCAAUGCGACGGCAUUUUCGGCAGAGCUGUGGAACACUGUUCAACUGCUGGCGCUUCGUUUGCAGCCUGGUGCGCUCUUCGUCAGUCUCACGCAUUCGCAUAAAUCCCCGAGACUGGAUGUAGAAAGUGCCUGGCGAAGGGUUUGAGCCUGUGCUGAUGGACUACCCCGUUGCUACCAGCUGGGGCUGUGAAUUGGCCUAUGCCUACC